UCGCUCGGGUCGAUCAGCGGAAUAUGGCGGCUGCUGCCCGACUAUACUCGUCGCGUGCACUGCUGCAGUAGUAGUGAGGGACGACGAGGACAACCUAGCGUGUCGACGUAGAAAAGCUAGACUCGGUGCCACAGCCUCCGUCGUCUUCCGGAGCUCGGCUCCAGUCAGCCGCUAGUCCAGUCGCUGUGUUGCGCACCAGGCUCGCAGCGAAAAUCGCCAGUUUUGUAGCUGACGGGGAAGAAGAAGAAGAAGCAGCAGCAGCAGCAUAGUGUAUAGUGAGAGGGAGCAAGAGGGAGAGGGAAAAAGACGAAAGAGAUGAAGACGAAGCUGUCGCGCCGCGUCCCCGGGUCGCCGCAGCGGGACUCAUCGGAGCAGCAGCAGCAACAGCAGCAGAAGAGGUGCCCCGUCAUCGUCAGCAGCACGCGUCAGCGGUUCGCCGCCUGAAUACAUCGUCCGAUCCGCGAGACACCGCGCGUGGGGGUAUUAUAACAGCAGCAGUCCCUUCUGCUCCGAACUCUCAGUCGCGUCCCGAUAUAAACUCGCUCUGUACCUAUAGAGCUUCGUCGGUCGCGAGUGAGUUUGUUUACGACAGCGCAGCAUGCUUGUGUAACGCGCCGCGGUCGACUACGCCGUCGACGAAGAUAGCUGCCGAGGGACCGAGAAACGGAGAGAGACGACACUUGCUACCCACUUGCCGCCGCCGUCGCGGCUGUUUUCUGCUAGUGGCUCGUAUAUAGCUUGGAUGUGCGCGCGCGGAGGACGAGGACAUUUUAUACAGAGAUUCGCGGACACUGAAAUACUUGACUGGUAGAGAUAAGAGACGCAUAAGUAUAACUAUAGAAGAGAAGUGCGUGUGACCGACUGACAAGAGAACUGCUGCUGGUGUGCAGGAGAGAGCGCCGAGGAGCCGGACUUUGGUGCCCGGCGCAGGCACACAAGACUGCUAGAAAAUGCUGAAGCAAUUGCAGAUGGGGAUGAGAGCUUUUCUCUUGAUGGCCUCCCGAGUGUGGACCUGCAUUUGCUUUCUACUCAAGAAGCAGGUUAGAGCCAUCUCGCAGAUGCAACCUGUAAAAUACGAGAUCUUCCCUCUCUCACCGUUAUCCAGGCACAGGCUUAGUAUUGUAAAAAGAAAAGUACUUGUGUUAGAUCUGGACGAAACCCUGAUCCAUUCCCAUCAUGAUGGAGUGGCCAGGCCGACUGUCAGGCCGGGUACUCCCCCUGACUUUGUUCUUAAAGUGACGAUAGACCGGCAUCCGGUUAGAUUUUUUGUUCAUAAAAGACCCCACGUAGACUUUUUUUUGGAUAUUGUUAGUCAAUGGUACGAGCUGGUGGUAUUCACUGCUUCGAUGGAAAUUUACGGUGCUGCUGUUGCUGACAAAUUGGACAACAACAGGGGCAUACUGAGUCGCAGAUACUACAGGCAACACUGCACGCCUGAAAUGGGUUCCUAUACUAAGGAUUUGGCUGCCAUUUGUUCGGACUUGGCAUCGGUCUUUAUACUCGACAACAGUCCUGGUGCUUACAGAGCUUAUCCUCAUAACGCUAUACCUAUCAAAUCGUGGUUCAGCGAUGCAGGAGACACCGCACUUUUGAGCUUGCUUCCAGUGUUAGAUGCGCUUCGUUUUACGCAGGAUGUGCGCUCGGUACUAUCGAGAAAUCUACACUUGCAUCACACUUGGUAGCAUAGUCCUAGUACAACGUUUUGAAGAGUAAGCGAGGGGCAAUAAAAAGAUUACCCUAAAAAACGCUGUUAGCCAAUCUGGCCCAAGAAGAAGCUAUCGGAGCGCGCAUGUCUCACCGAAUCAUCCGAAUGUUCGCCCCAUCUGAAUCACAAUAGAUGGACCCGUUUGUUGACAGCUAUGCCAAUUCACACACUCUACUAUAAUGCGUGAAAGAAGAGCUUUCCUCCGUCAACAGACGCGCCUCAGCACAAAACAUCCUAGUAAAUGAUCUUUCGUCUCUCGAAACAAUACCCUCCCUCUUUUUUUCGGUCACGAUAUACGCAUACAUGCAAAGUUCUUCGACAGGAAAACGUGUUAACUCUUUGCUCAAUCAUGCAUUCUAGCCAAAGAUUCGAGUUUUUUUUUAAUUUUUACCCCAAUUUUUUAAAAAUUGUGAAUCUUUACUUCUAUUUCUUUUAUCGUGACUUGCCAAAUGUAUAUUUUUGUGUAUGGUUUUGAUCCUCUUUCCCCGCCAAGUAUGAUUUCCGUUUGUCUCAUUUUUACUAGGUAGAAUAAUGUAGCACACAAGAGAGAGACUGUAAUCUCCAAGUACAAUGCUUUUAUUACGAUUGUACAUUGUUUGAUCUAGGAUGGCUAAAUAAUUUGCUGUAACUCACUGUAUCAGUGAGGCAGCUAUUUUGAUUAUAUUGUAAUCUAAACAAAAUAUUGAUAAAUCUAAUAAAAAUAAUGAUUUAAUCUAUGAAAACAAAAACUUUGAUUCAGUUGAAUAUUAAUUAUGAUGAUUGACAGGCACCUUGUUCAUGUGGCAGAUACACAUGUACAUACUUAUAUACUCCAAUAUUAUGAUAGCAAUUACUGCAUGGCGUGUACAUACUAGGAUUUAAGCUGUAGGGAAUGAAUGGUUUUUUCAUCAGUCAUCACGAACUGAGAUUAAUGAAUAAUUGGGAUCUUACAUGAUCGAAUAAUGCAAUGUAUAUGUGAUGAAUAAUAUGUAUGCGCAUAACUCCGCGCUUCAGUACAAUCUAUACACGUACCAGAUUAGUGUGAACAUUGGGGAGAAAAUUUAACGCAAGAUCUACUUCUGUUGCAAAAUACCCAGCGUGUAUGUCAUUUGUACAAAAAUAACUAUUGUUUAUUUGUAAUAGUUGAUUAUAUAAGAUUAAAUAAUCAAUUUAAUAUACAAGCAUUAAAAAAAUUUAUUGCAAGAAAAUACAAGUUUUCAUUACCAGUAUAUCUACAAGAUCGCGAUAAUCUUUAUCAGAUUUUUAUUUCUGCAGUAUUGAUUUAUACAUGAGACAAAGACAUAAAAAAGUCAAGUGUAAUCUUUCCAAAGAUAAAAGAAAUAUUUUGAUACAAAUAUGUACAAAAAAAUUUUAUUUUAUCAUGGCUAUGAGCUAUAUAUAACAUCAAGUUAACUUGUAUAAAAUACAAUAUGUACCCACUUUAUAUUGUAUUGUUCAUUUAGAAUAAAAGAGGGUUUUAUUUUA